AUGGCGCUUUCCUCCAACAGCCCUGGGAGGCAGGUGCUGUUACCACCCCGUUUUGCAGGAAACUUCAAGACAUCGUCAUCAGCUGAGGAACUGCCCAAUUCUGAGACUUCUACAGCCUUAAACCCUCCACAUCUGACUGGCUCUUCAGGAACAGAGAACCCUAAAGUUAGCCCAGGAGCUAGUUCACCUGAGAAGUCUAGCAUUGGCCCUCCAGUGAAUAGUUCACCUGAGAAGUCUAGCACUGGCCCCCCAGGGGUUAGUUUACCUGCGAAGUCUAGCGCUGGACCCCCAGGGGCUAGUUCAACUGAGAAGUCUAGCACUGGGCCCCCAGUGGCUACUUCACCUGAGAAGUCUCCCAGCCCCACAGUGGCUAGUUCACCUGAGAAGUCUAGCACUGGCUCCCCGGGGGCUAGUUCAUCCAAGCCUGAUAGCCAAUCAUCUUCAGUCCCUCCCAAAGCAGACCAAGAAGUGGCCAGUACAACAGUGGCAGCAGGAGGAUCCAAAGCACAGACCACUGCAGCCCCUAUUAAAGAUACUGGAAGUUCUGCCUUAGACCCUCUUAACAAACCCACGUUGGCAUCCAGUACAUCUUCAGACACUGGUACUUUGAGAACCAAGACAUCCACUUUUUCAGCACAGGUGGUAAAAUCCUCACCUUCAGCCACGACUAAGGGAACUAUCACCUCACAAGAAACGGCUGCUUCGACUCUGCUGACAAAACACCAGAGCCCUGUGAGUUUCACUACAACCUCCCAGAUAGCUGGGAGUUCCCUUCCCGUGACCAGUCCGGUUACUUCCAGUCCAGCACAAGGAGCCUUUCCUACUAUUACCUCAACGGGGAUCACCUUAACUUCCAGGACUCAAUCGGCUGUAGUGACCACUGGGGACCAGGCUCCAGUACCCUCUGAUGGCUCGGGUCCGGUGACCUCUCAGGGUCCAGAGACACUUACUUCUACGGUUUCAGGCCCAGUUACCACUUUGGUAACCCCCAAGGGCUCAACUUCAGUUUUCUCUGAUUCUACCUCAUCCACUAUCUCCUAUUCUUCCCAUCACCAGCCCCCUGCCAUGGCAACCUCUGAAUCUGAAACUUUUGAAUCCAUACCCAACAAGAUCACCUGUCAAGCUGACAGUUAUGCCACAGAGAAUCUACUUAUUCUGAAGAUGACCAACUUCACCAUGUGUGAUAGUCCCAAGGACUCCCGUAACCAUCCCCUUUAUGCUGCCCUGUGCCGAGCAGGAAAAGUCAACUUCAACAAGGACAGGGAUGUAUGUCAUGUACAAUUGGUCUCCCAGCCAGAGAAGCAAGAGGUAGCAGUCCUCAACGUCUCCGUACAGACACACCUUCAACCCAAGGAGCUGUUUGAAGUGUUGAAGAAGAGAUGGGAUGAUCUGAAAGCAUUGGGAGUUAGUAACAUGACAUACGGAAAGGAAAGUCUGGACAAGGACGAGGAGGACCGGUUCAGCUUGCCUCUCAUCAUUACUAUUGUUUGCAUGGCAGCCUUCCUACUCCUCGUCGCUGCUCUCUAUGGCUGCUUCCACCAGCGCUUCUCUCAGCGCAAGGACCAGCAACGCUUGACUGAAGAGCUGCAGACUGUGGAGAAUGGUUACCAUGACAAUCCCACACUGGAAGUGAUGGAGACUUCCUCUGAGAUGCAGGAGAAGAAAGUGGCCAAUCUCAAUGGUGAGUUAGGGGACAGCUGGAUCGUCCCACUAGACAACCUGACCAAGGAUGAUCUGGACCAGGAAGAGGAGGAUACACACCUGUAAGGCCACCUGUCUGCCAGCUCUGACCACCACCAUGGGACUCUUUGAGACUUAAUCACCCAAAGUGCCACUUGAGCAGGGGGAGGAAAAUCAACUUCCUCCCCACCUUGAGAGACAUGAACAGGGAGAGAGACAAGAAGGGAACAGUUGCCUAUGUGUAGGGUCAUGGGUCUCCUCUCUCCCCACCCCACCUCAUCUUGAGGGAGCUUUAACUUUUUCAUUUUCUGGCCAAUGGAAACAAUUCAUCUUAAAAGGUUAGAGAAGGGUAAAAGGAAGAUGGGAAAAUGGCCACACACAAUUUCCUCUGGAACUGACCAACAUUUUGUGGCCAGGUUGUCAAAAAGAAAGAUGAAAUGGAAAGUAAAACUGGUGGCAAUUUAGAUUCAUGUGGAAACUACUGGUGGAUGAGACCUGUUUUCUAGUCUUUUCUCCUCUUCUGAAGAGCAAAGUUAUUUGUCAUCCUUCCCAACUAUCCCAAGGGCCUCCUAGGAAGGGCCCAAAUCACCCUUGAAGGCCUUGAACUGCUUGUAAACAAAUUCUGAUUUCCUUGCUCACCAAUUUGGUGAGGUGGAGA